AUGAACCAUAUCUGGAGUCACGCUCUUGGCGGCGAUGCAUCUAGAGAUGUUCAUGAAGUUCGCAAAUGGCUCGACCAGAGAGCCUUCCUGCUCCGAAGCAUAUCCGCCGAGUCUCUGACCUAUGCAUCUCAGUACGACGAAUACACAUGUGAAUGGUUCCAGCAGAAUCUGCUCAACUUUACUCGUGGUAGUGAGCAAAUCCUCGCUAUCACUGGUCCACCUGGGUGCGGAAAGUCAGUACUUUCGAGCUGGAUCCAGGAGAGAUUGCAACGUCGCUUGGGGCAAAAGACCCACAGUACUGUGAUGUUCUCCUUCGAUUCCGAAGUUCCAAGCGAGACAACAUCGUUGGCUCUGGCAAAGAGUCUGGCACUCCAACUGAUGGAUAUUCGCUUGGGUAACGUCCACAUGUUCGAAGCUGUCGUUCAGGCCUACAACAGCAGCAGCUCUGCUGAUAUGGAGCGUCACCUGUGGAAUGCUAUCGAUGCAGCCUUCUCUGACUCUUCUGAGCCUACUAUGAUCAUCAUUGACGGCCUGGAUCAGCUCCGGGACAACAAGAAGCAGGUCUGUGAGCAUAUGUCGAAACUCUCAACUUCUCACCGCUCUCUCAAGUCCAUCAUCCUCUCGAGACCCGAAACUCUGCCUGUUGAUGACAAGAUCUGGAAGAACUUCAAGAUACAGCCAGAUCAUGUUCAUGACGAUAUCCAGCACAUAGCCAAGCAUCAGCUACGGGACUGCGCAGCCUACCACAGAAAGAAUGAUGCCGACCGACAAAGAUUCCUGGACCAUUUAGUCAAGAAAGCGAACGGCUCUUUUCUCUGGUUGCUAUUGUCCAUCGAUGUACUCAAGUCUUCUAAGCUGCCAGCCGACUUGGACAAGAACCUCGACGAUCUCAAAGGAACCCUUGACGAGAUCAUCAGAGACCGUGUGAGUCUUGACAGUCUUGCCGACAGCGAUGUAAAGCUUUUAGUCUCAUAUGUGAUGGUGACUGAGCGUCCACUGUCUAUUGAUGAGCUUUAUGAUGUUCUCCAAGUCGACGUCCAGAAGAAGACCAACACACGUCGGGAGAUAGAUCUCAAGGGCAAAUUGGCAAAGAUAUCUGGAUUGUUACGCCCCAACAACGCAGGGCUUGUGAAGUUCCUUCACCCUGCCAUCAGAGAGUAUUUCAUCGCUUUGCAGAUCAAGGGAGAAAAGCUUCUUCCUCACAAGGAGGCUCAUACAGAUCUGACUCUGCGAUUACUCACCUAUACAAAGGCUUGUCUGACAAAACCUCAUGACGUCUCUCUUGAGCCUUUGCCACAAGGCGACGUUGAGCGCUUAUUCGCAGACCACGAUUUGUUAGAGUAUGCUGUGCGCAACUGGACAACCCACUUUUGUCAAUCCACUUUGUUCAAGCCGACCGGUGCAUUUGGCUUGUCGAACGAUGUCAAGGCUACCUUCCCGACUUCUUCACUGAUGCCGUUGCUGGAAUGGACAUGCUGGGAUGCACAGUUCCCGACGACCGAGCUACUGCCUAUGCACGAUCUCGCCCUGCGCAUUCGUUCUGAAGUAUUCCAAGAGAAGCAUAUCUCCACACUGCAGACUGCCAUUACCUGCGCUUACGUGUACCAUAUGUACUCGUUCCCAACGGCAGCUGCACCUUACUUCGUUCGAGCAUCGCGGGUCUGCCAACACGUCCUGCCGAAACACAAUCGCAUCACAGUCACUUUAACCGAAACCUUCCUGACCAUCACGGACUCGAUGAAGUUUACUAGCCGUACAGAGCUUGUAACAUUCAGAGAAGAGAUGCUCAAGUUCAUCAUCACUGCUUAUAAGGAGACUCAUGGCGAGACCAGCGAUGUUGUCCUCCGCUCCACCAAGACUCUAGCUGAGAUGUAUGUCUCGAUCCAUGAAGAAGAACACGCAGCAGUGUGCUGGAAGGAACUUCGUACAGUCAUUAUCAAGAAACACGGAGAGGGUUCUGAUUUUGAGAGAGAAAUCUCAGGCAAGCUCAUGGUUGUUUUGAAAGCCGACGAAGACCAAGCAAUUGGGACCUAUGUCCAUGAUGUCUUCUCUGUAGGCGGGGAGAGCACCAUUGUCUGGAAUCUUGCCAGAUUUCAGAUGUUCUUGAAGCUUGCGCAAGGCUGCGAGCAUCGCAAAGAGUUUUAUGAAGCCGAGGAGCUCUACGUUACUCUCUGGACCCGCCUACUAGGGCUAUGUACAGAUCAACACUCGCACGAUGUUGAGAUGCGUAUCAGUAUGCUUCAAAUCGCCGUUGAGUACGUCCACUUCUUGACAAGACAACAACGCAAAGAGGAAGCAAAGAACAUACUCAUCGUCCUGUGGACCGAACACAAGCACUUCGGAUGCGAGUCUGAAGCUUUCUAUCAGCAACUGAUGACCAUCGGUAAGCUGAUGAGAUCCCUGGAGCUCCACAACUUGUCGUUAUCUGUCUUUGAGCGCGUUUCAAACUUCUUCAAAGCAGUCGGCAAGCACGAGAGUAGCUACGUCCGCGAGUGUGAAGAGACAAUGAUCGCAGUUAUCCAGGAGACCUCAGAAAAUCAGUCAUCCUCUUCCUCUAGAAGCGAAUCAACGGACGAGAUGGAGACCAUUGUUCGCAGAAUGUUCAGCUCCUCGACCACUACUCUGUCUCACGAAUCUAUCAAAGUCGCGAGAUCCGCUGUUCAUAUGUACAUGAAGCAAGAAAACUGGUCCGAGGCCAUCAGUCUUCUGACCAGAACGCUUGAUCUUAUGCACUUCACAGGCUCAUGGGGAGGUGGAGUGUGCCUGCCGAACGAUUAUGCCGAUGAGUCCAUUGAAUUUGCUCUCGAGCUUGGAAAGUGCUACACGAGAAGCAAGCGCCACUCUGAGAGCUUGGCAGUCUAUCUUCAGCUAUGGCAAGCAGUGCGAAGCUCCUGCAGCAUCGACGACAAACGAAGAACCGUCAUUCUUGAUGUCCUCAUCCAAAACUAUACCGAGCACAAGAGAUGGAGAGUUCUGGUCGAGCUUCACAAAGAUCUACUGCUCGAGUACCGCAGGUAA